CCAUGUUAUAUAGCAUCAACCACAAUUCAUCACAAAUGCUAUACAAAUCUUCUUGAUACCAAAUCUUCUUGAUACCUUUUUGUAAAUGGCAGCAACCUUAGCCUCAUCAAAAUCCAAGUCUUUCGUCGUCUUUCUUCUGAUCACAGUUGCUUCAUUUUCAGCACUUGCAGAUAAUGGUCCAGCGCAAAUUCUUACAAAUGCCUUGUUGUGCUUCAACAAUAAGUUUAUUUACAAUAGAUGUAAUGAGGCAUACAGAUUGAACCAGAGUGGAGAUCUAAAUGUUCCUCCUGAGGCAACAGAUCAAUUUUGCAAUGGGGCUUGCCUAUCUGAGACACAAGGCUUACUGAACUGCCUAGACAACAUAUUUUCAAACUUCAUGUUCUACAAUAAGGCCACAAUUGGAGACAUAAGAGGCACACUCAGAGGUGGUUGCAGUUACACUAAUCAAAGAGGGAACUUCAACGUGGGAGAUUAUAUGCAAAGCGAAACAAGCAACUCACUUAUGCUUCACAAACCCAAUGAAUUACAAGCCUUGGUGUUGAUCUCUGGAUGUUUAUUAUUGCUCUUUUUGUAAAACCAUCAUCACAACUAUACAUAUGUCCAGACCAGCAUGAAUUAAAUAGGCUUCCAUCAAUUUUGUGUUAUAAAUUUUACAAAAAACAUAUAUAGUCAAUGACCACAGAUGCAUUUAAGAAUGGGAAUCAAUGUUCUAUGGUAUUGAUCUUCAACUUCUUCGGCAAAAAUAUGCUUCAUUAUGUCUUGCAAAUAA